AUGCCACCGUAUUCGUCUCUUGGUUUUCAUUUAUGUCGCUUCGAAUACAAUAGUAUCGAAAAAUUACAAGCAGUGACUCAACGAAUGCACGAUGCUAAUUUUCCGUACGACGUACAAUGGACUGAUAUUGACGCCAUGCCGUCGCAUUUGGACUCCACCUAUGACAAAAAUAAAUUUCAUGAUCUUGCCGAUCUUGUUCGUUCAGUACAAUCUUCAAUGCAACCAGCAGGAACGUAUCCACCAUAUGAUGAUGGUCUGAAAGAAGCAAUAUUCAUCAAAACUCGACUUGAAUUAUGUGCAUGGAAAGAAAUUCAUCUUAAACGGUCAUUUGUUCUGUCUCGUUCGUCAUUUGUCAAAUUCGGUCAAUAUGCUGCGCAUUGGAUAGGAGAUAAUUCUGCACCAUACGAAGAUACGUAUUUUCCGAUUUCGGCUAUUCUGAUUUUUAAUAUGUUUGGUAUAACGCACGUUGGUGCCGAUAUCUGCGGUUUUCGACUCGAUAUAACCCAGGCCGAACAAUCCAGCAUGGAAACGGCCGGUUCCGUGGUAUUUCGAAGAUUUCAUGGAAUCCUGCUUCAGGAACCAUCAUCCUGGGAACUGAAGAAUUGUGUACAUAAUGGAUGCAAUUAG